AGCCACAACUAGGCCCCUCAAAGUCAACAAAUUAAUGAGGUAACAGGAAACAAACACAAGGAGAGGGAAAGAGUUGGGAUUAAGUGCUUGUCAAGUUGGGCUCUUAAAAGAUACAGUGGGCGCGCAUUUGUAGAGAAGCGGCGAAGUUAAGACUGGUUUUGCCAUUUCUCAGGAGUUUUACUAGUAACUUCUUCUGCUUUUUAUCCAGUCAUGAUAUAAACUAGACAGUCUAGAUUCCUUAUUAACUAAUAUAUAUAUGCUCUAGAGAACCCAUAGACACCAUUGCCUCUACCCAUCAAAACUUGUUUUUCUUUCGAAACGAUUCAGUACGUACUUGUAGAGAAUGUUGACUCGUCUCUCAAGUUGGUCUCGAAACGUUCAAUCUGUGCCACCAAAUUAUGUGUUGCCAGAGGACCAAAGGCCCGGAGGUGAUGUUGCGGCGCCUGUAUGCAAAGAUAUUCCAGUCAUUGAUCUAUCACAACUGUCUGGUCUUGAUCGCGUUGAGACAAUUCAGCUAAUCAUGAAAGCUAACAUGGAUUUGGGAAUGUUUCAGGUGAUCAACCAUGGAGUACCCGAAGAACUAAUGGAUGAAACAAUGAAUCUAUUCAAGGAGUUCUUCAACAUGCCUGCCGAAGACAAGGCUAUGUAUUAUUCUGAGGAUGGAACUAGUAAGGGUUUUAGGAUCUACACAAGCAGCAUGAAGGGUGUUAACACGUGGAAAGAUUCUGUUAGACACAUUUGUGAGCCUUUAGAGGAUAACAUCCAAUCUUGGCCUGAAAAGCCGGCUAGAUAUCGGGAGGUGGUUAGGGCCUAUUCAGUGGAAGUGAGGAAGUUAAGCUUGAGGAUUUUGGAUCUGGUUUGCGAAGGACUGGGGAUUGAAUCGGGGUAUUUCAGGGAUGAGCUAAGCAAAUUUCAGGAACUGCUGGUCCACAAUUACCCACCAUGUCCAGAACCAGGUUUGGUUUUGGGAGUCGGUGGUCACACUGAUCCAAGCCUCUUAACCUUACUCCAGCAGCAGGAUGUUUAUGGGCUUCAGAUUUUCAAGGGUGGCCAGUGGCUUGGGGUUGAACCAAUUCCUCAUGCUUUUGUUAUCAACAUAUCUGACCAACUUGAGGUUAUCAGCAAUGGGAAGCUAAAAAGUGCUCGACACCGAGUAGUGACGAAUGCCGACAUUGCUCGGACAUCCUUGGUUACUUUUAUUAAUCCAUCGCUAGAAUCCAUCAUCGAACCUGAAAAAGCACUUGAAAGUGCAUCCGAACCCCAACUGUUCAAGUCCUUUCGAUUCAAGGAGUAUCGUGAUAUUUACUUCGCCAAUCUCCGGGACCCUAACGAUGCGACGACACUAGAUGCUUAUAAGCUCUAGUGUAAACCAAAAGCAAAACGGGUUUGGUGUAAUAAACUUUGUGGCUGCAUAUAAAAAAAAAAGCAUCAGUACGGUGGCAUGACUCAUUGCAUCCAUGUCUUGGCAAGACGCGAUGCAAUUGAACUGACAUGUUGUACACUUUUUUAAAAAUAUCGCAAUGCAACGUGAUAGACUCUGUAACAUAUCGCAAUGGGACGAUAUACACGUUUGUAAAAUUAUCG